AUGAAGUCGGUGGCGGUAACUUUCUGUGUGCUUUGCUUUCAUUUUGAAGCCCUGUAUGGAGUGGAUAGCUGCUCGCCAAGACCAUGCAAAAAUAUAGAACAGUCUCACGUCUCUGACCCCCAGGUGAUGGUGGAAUUUGAAAAUGGAAACUUCAAGUUCACAUUCCCCAACCCCAAAAAUGUGAGUGAGUUCAGCAUGACCCUCUUCAAAGGGCACGAAAAGAAGGAGAUCUGUGCACUCCAUUUGAGUGAGGAGAAUGCUAUCCCCAAGAGUAAUGUCACCUACUGUCAGACAGAGCAUUCAAAUAGCAGCACGACUUUCAUUCUUAAAAAUCUGGAAAGAAAGCAUAUUGACACUUACACCUACUGCCUGGAGAUGUUCUUACCCCCUCCUUAUAUAGAUUGCCGGCUGAAAGAAACCUAUUUGUACAUCCAAGAUAAGGAAGACUGCAUUUCACUGGGACUCAUGUCAUGGAUAAUUACUGGCUUGAUCAUGUUUGCCAUGAUUUCCUGUAUCUGCUGUGUCAUAGCCUGUUGCUUAAGGCACAAGAACCAGCAGUGUGAAUCCAGCUCCCAUGAGUACAACAGUGAAUACAUGGCUAUGGCAGCACUGAAUGCAGCUAAAAAAACAAAAAUCUGA